UUUGGUAAUUGGAACAUACUGUGCAAAGAGAAAAAUUAAGAAAAAUCCCAUUUAAGAGGGGAAAAAAGUUAAAGAAAAUAUUAACCACAGACACACACACCCCCCUCCGGGGGUCCAAUAGUGGCACGGGUUAACCUUGCCUUGUACCUUGACUCGUGCAGCGAUUCGUCAGUGUUCCAGCAAACAUCAUGGACAUUACAAGGAUUAAUUCUCUGUCCUACGAGGAUUUCGUGCACGUCCUUGGCAAUGUGGUGGAAAACUGUCCCGUUAUAACUGCUGCCGUGUGGUCCAUGCGUCCCUUCGCCAGCCUGGCUGCCUUGGAGGCUGCCGUCACUGAUUUUAUCGAGGCCCUUCCUGAACAAGGGAAAGAGGGCAUCCUGCGGUGUCACCCUGACCUCGCCGGCAGGGACCUCCGCAACGGCACCUUGACCCGCGAGUCGCUGGAGGAGCAGGCCGGGGCCGGACUGGACGCGCUGGACGCGGCGGAGCUCUCGCACAUGGCCCGCCUCAACGGGGAGUACAAGGAGCGCUUCGGCUUCCCGUUUGUCAUUUGCGCCAGGAUGAACGACAAGGAGGCCAUUCUGCGCCAGCUGUCACGCCGCCUCGCGCACGGCUGCGCGGAGGAGAGGGCGUCGGCCAUAGAGGAGGUGAAGAAGAUCUGCCGCCUGCGCCUCCGCAGCCUUGUGCUCCCCGACCCGCCCAACAGGUUAUGAGCCUGUGGAGCGGACGUCGCGUUCCACCAUUUCCGUUCAUUUGCCAGAUUCAUUAAAGAUCUAA